AUGCCACCAGUCUUCCGAUCGAGCGUCUCCUACAAGCAUCCGACCAUGUCACAACCAUCACAAGGGUUAUUGUCCUCUCUGCGAGACGGCUCCGGCCGGCCGGUGAGGGGCCGUUCAGCAUAUCAUUUCUUCGCCGACGAGCACCGCAUGCGCGUCUCGGAAGAGCGUCCGGACAUGACGCCAGGGGAAGUCGGUCAAAUCUUGGGAGAAAUGUGGCACGCGCAGACCAUCGCCCAGCGAGCCCCGUACGAGCGAAUGGCUGCCGAAGAUAAAGACCGCUAUGAAGCCGAGGUACGGGAGUGGCAGGCGGAGCUUGAGCGACGAAACGCCGACGCGCGGUAA